AAGAGACAAGAUGGCCGCGUUCUGUGCCAGGCGACAGUGACUGAGUGACAUCGUCUGAUUGGGUGAAGACACCUAGGUUUUUUCCGUAGAUCGUGACUGCGACCGGAGAGAAGAUGGCCGGACUGGGUGCUCAGAACCUCCUGGUUUACGUGGAGGAGGGUAAUAUGGCUGCCGUGAAAACACUCCUGGAAAAAUGCAAGGAUGUGGAUGAAAGAAAUGAGAACGGACAGACUGCUCUGAUGCUGGCUGCAGAACAGGGGAAUCUGGAAAUCGUUCAAGAGCUCCUCAGGAAAAGAGCAAACUGCAACGUAGAAGAUGUUGAUAAUUGGACUGCUCUUAUCUCCGCUGCAAAAGAAGGGCAUUUGGAUAUCGUAAGGGAGCUGCUGAAUAACAAUGCCAACCUGGAGCAUCGUGAUAUGGGGGGUUGGACUGCCCUUAUGUGGGCUUCUUACAAAGGCUGUACCGAAGUUGUUGAGCUGCUUCUGGAGAAGGGUGCUAACCCAAACAUAACUGGCCUGCAAUACAGUGUUUAUCCCAUUAUCUGGGCGGCGGGCAGAGGUCAUUCCGACAUCGUUAGACUCUUACUGCAAUAUGGAGCAAAAGUCAACUGUUCAGACAAGUAUGGAACCACACCGCUUGUUUGGGCUGCAAGAAAAGGAAGCUUGGAGAGUGUCAAGUCCCUGUUGCAGAUGGGAGCUGACGUUGACCAAGAAGGAGCUAAUUCAAUGACGGCUCUCAUUGUAGCAGUGAGAGGCGGCUACACCGACACAGUCAAGGAGAUUCUAAACAGGAACCCUAAUGUGAACCUAACAGAUAAGGAUGGCAAUACAGCCCUGGCCAUUGCAGCAAAAGAGGGACAUACAGAAAUCGUCCAAGACCUGCUCGAUGCAGGAACAUACGUCAACAUCCCAGACCGGAAUGGAGACACCGUUCUGAUUGGUGCUGUUCGCGGAGGUCAUGUUGAAAUUGUUCGAGCAUUAUUGCACAAAUAUGCUGACAUAGACAUCCGAGGCCAAGAUAACAAGACUGCUCUUUACUGGGCGGUUGAGAAAGGAAAUGCCGUCAUGGUGCGGGAUAUCUUGCAGUGUAACCCUGACACGGAAAUAAGUACUAAGGAUGGGGACACACCGCUUAUUAAGGCAACCAAAAUGAGAAAUAUUGAAGUAGUUGAACUUCUGCUUGAUAAAGGAGCAAAGGUUUCUGCAGUAGAUAAGAAAGGAGAUACAGCGCUUCAUAUUGCAAUCCGCGGUAGAAGCCGGAAGCUAGCAGAAUUGCUUCUACGGAACCCAAAAGAUGGAAGGUUACUGUAUAGGCCCAAUAAAGCAGGGGAGACGCCUUACAAUAUUGACUGCAGCCAUCAGAAAAGUAUCCUUACACAGAUAUUUGGUGCCAGACACCUGUCCCCUACUGAAUCCGAUGGAGACAUGCUGGGUUAUGACUUGUACAGCAGUGCGCUAGCUGACAUUCUCAGUGAGCCCACAAUGCAGCCCCCGAUCUGUGUUGGACUCUAUGCUCAGUGGGGGAGCGGGAAAUCAUUCUUGCUAAAAAAGUUGGAAGAUGAGAUGAAGACCUUUGCCGGCCAGCAGAUCGAGCCGCUAUUCCAGUUCUCGUGGCUCAUUGUGUUCCUCAUCGUCCUGUUGUGCAGCACUCUGGGGCUACUCCUGGCCUUCACGGUAGACACCAAGCUGGGCAUAUCAGUGGCACUUGGCUUGUUGGCUCUUCUCUACAUAUUCUUUACUGUUAUUUACUUUGGUGGACGACAAGAAGGAGAGAAUUGGAACUGGGCCUGGGUGUUGAGUACCCGUCUGGCCAGACAAAUUGGAUACCUUGAACUUCUCUUGAAACUGAUGUUUGUGAACCCCCCUGAGCUUCCCGAGCAAACCACAAAGGCAUUACCUGUUAGGUUCCUUUUUACGGACUACAAUCGUCUCUCUAGUGUGGGAGGAGAGACGUCGAUGGCAGAAAUGAUAGCCACGCUCUCUGAUGCCUGUGAAAGAGAGUUUGGUUUUCUAGCCACACGACUGUUCCGGGUGUUUAAGACCGAAGAAACACAAGGAAAAAAGAAGUGGAAGAAGACGUGUUGCCUCCCGUCAUUUGUCAUCUUCAUCUUUAUUAUGGCGUGCAUCUUUGCCGGUGUCAUCCUACUGGCCAUCUUUAAGGUGGAUCAGAAAAAUAUGACGGUCAACGCUGUCUUGAUAGCCGUGGCUUGUGUUGUGGGCUUGGUGCUCAUCCUGAAUUGUCGAACAUGGUGGCAGGUCAUGGAUUCGGUCCUAAACUCCCAAAGGAAGCGGCUUCAUAGUGCAGCAUCCAGGCUUCACCGGCUGAAGAGCGAAGGCUUCAUGAAGGUGCUAAAGUGUGAAGUGGAACUGAUGGCUAAAAUGGCGAAGACCAUCGACAGCUUUACACAGAACCAGACGAGGCUGGUGGUGAUUAUCGACGGACUGGAUGCCUGCGAGCAGGAUAAAGUUCUCCAUAUGCUGGACACGGUUCGGAUCCUGUUCUCCAAGGGACCUUUCAUUGCCAUUUUUGCAAGUGACCCUCACAUUAUAAUCAAGGCAAUAAACCAGAAUCUUAACAGCGUUCUGAGAGAUUCCAACAUUAACGGUCAUGACUACAUGCGUAAUAUCGUCCACCUGCCCGUGUUCCUGAACAGCCGCGGCCUCAGCAGUGCCAAAAAGCUGUGCGUAGCAGCUGUCACCAAUGGAGACCUGCCAUACCUUGAGAACGCAGGUGGCCAUGAAGAUAGUGACAGAAGAGUUUCCCAGAACAGCCUUGCAGAGGUUGCGAAAAUUGGCAGCAAGACUGCCCUCAACAGACGGGAUACUUACAGAAGGAGGCAGAUGCAACGUACCAUAACGCGACAGAUGUCAUUUGAUCUCACUAAGCUGCUAGUCACCGAGGACUGGUUCAGUGACAUCAGUCCACAGACAAUGAGGAGACUGCUAAACAUUGUUUCAGUAACUGGGAGAUUACUCAGAGCCAACCAGAUUAAUUUUAACUGGGACAGGUUGGCCUCCUGGAUUAACCUGACUGAACAGUGGCCAUACAGAACCUCGUGGAUCAUCCUGUACUUGGAGGAAACAGAGGGUGUCCCUGACCAGUCAACCCUGAAGACUAUCUAUGAAAGAAUUUCCAAAAAUAUUCCCACUACGAAAGAUGUUGAGCCUUUACUUGAAAUUGAUGGCGAUAUUAGGAGUUUUGAAGUCUUUUUAUCGUCCAGAACACCAGUUCUCGUGGCACGGGAUGUCAAUACAUUUCUACCGUGUACAGUAAAUCUGGAUCCAAAACUACGGGAAAUCAUUGCAGAUGUGCGUGCCGCCAGGGAGCAGAUGAACAUUGGAGGAUUCCCUUAUCCUCCGUUGCCUUUGCAAGAAGCUCCACCUCGUCCGGUUUCAGUGUUCAGCCAGCCAUCCUCCGUAUGCUCGUCUGCGUCGUUCAAUGGCGCUUUCCCCGCUGGAGUGAUGUCGCCGCAACCACCGAGCAGCUACUACAGCGGCAUGACGGGACCGCAGCAUCCCUUCUACAACCGGCCAUUCUUUGCACCUCAUGUUUACAUGCCAAGGUAUUACUUUGGCAAUCCCCAACAACCCAUGUCACGUCCAUGCGUAAAACCCAAUAUGUCCAGAGAUCAGAGCAAUGGCCUAGGCGUCAUCGAAGAGGAUUCUGCCGAGGCUGUGCCUUCUCCAACUCAGUCUCUCCCGGGCCCGGGCAGCGUUGCCGCAGCGCACCCCUCAGCGUUGGGGUUCAUGAACGUGGAUGCCGUUUGCGAAAAGCUGAAACAAAUAGAUGGGAUUGAUCAGGGCAUGCUGGCUCAGUACACGGCAACCGUGCGCAAGGCAAAUAUUAACGGACGUGUCCUACAGCAGUGCAGCAUGGAUGAGCUAAAAAAAGAAAUGAACAUGAAUUUUGGUGAUUGGCAUCUUUUCAGAGGCGCGCUUCAAGAGAUGAGAAACUCUGAAAUCCAGAUGCAUCCCGAAGAGGUCCGGACAGCCGUGGAGGCCAGCCGUCCUAUGGUUGGCCACAGCGAAGUCAGCCGGCGCUCGGUUCCGAAUCCUGAACUGCCUCGCGCCGAACUGGCUGGUCAGACGUACGAUUUCAGUUUCAGCUUUGAAGAACUCAAUAAUCUCGGUUUUGAUGAUCCUCCGCGUCUUGGCAGUGUACCUUGGCAGGGAAAAGCACACAGAACUCCAAGUUUAUCAAGUCUUAAUUCACAAGAAUCCAGCAUUGAAAUUACCAAGCUUACUGAUAAAGUGCAGGCCGAGUAUAGAGAUGCAUACAGGGAAUAUAUCGCUCACAUGGCACAAAUUGAAGGUGGCGCAGGUUCCUCGACUGUAAGCGGCAGGUCCUCUCCAAUGAGUUCCGGUGCGUAUUAUAUGGGGCAGAGUACGUCGGUGAGUUCUCUGCAUUCCAGUGCAGAGCAGGACAAGGGGAAAGACAGCGAGCCUAAACCGGAAGACGGAAGAAAGUCUUUUGUGCUGAAAAGAAACGAUGUUGUGGAUUACACAUCAUCAACGGUUUCUACCACAGAUGCUUCACCCUUGGACCCGAUCACAGAAGAAGACGAGAAGUCCGAUCAGUCUGUGUCCAAGCUCCUUCCCGGUAAGAAGUCCGCAGAAAGAACCGGCCUUUUUCAGGGAGCAGAUCUGAAACUUAAGGGAACCGGUCUACGCUACCAGAAGCUUCCGAGUGACGAAGAUGAAUCUGGGACCGAAGAAUCCGAUAACACUCCCCUUCUUAAGGAAGGUAAAGACAAAAAGGCUGAUGGUAGCGCAGCAGAUAAGAAACUUCCUGACCAUGCAUCUGAUACUGUAAGGCCCUUCAUCAAAGCAAAAGAGUAUCUGUCAGACGCUAUCCUUGAUAAGAAAGAUUCAUCUGACUCGGGUGUCCGAUCCAACGAGAGCUCGCCAAAUCAUUCUCUCAAUAACGAGGCCACGGAUGAUUCCCAACUCGAAAAAGCAAACCUGAUUGAGCUUGAUGAGGACCGCUACAGAGGGAAGAGGGGAAUACCGAAUAGCUUGAGUGGUCUUCAAGACCCUGCUAUAGCACGCAUGUCAAUCUGCUCUGAAGACAAGAAAAGCCCAUCAGAGAGUAGUCUUAUUGCGAGCAGCCCAGAAGAAAACUGGCCUUCAUGUCAGAAAGGUUACAAUCUGAACCGCACCCCGAGCACAGUUACCCUAAACAAUAACACCGCAAACCAAGCCUUUAACGACACCGGGGAGGCGAAAGAAGAGUCCCCAAUUAUUGUAGUUCCCGGAUCGAGUCCUGUCCAGAACGAGAACCUGAAACGCUUGACUCAAAAGCGAGGUCAGCGUUCAGGAUACAGUCGGCUGGCAAAAGAUGCGUCCGAACUGCACACGGUUGCAUCAUCUGAGUCGGCCGGCUUUGCCGAGGAGAGAGAGAGUAUCCUUUAAGAACGUUUUACAUCCGCACAGUGUGUUGGCUUCAUUCUUCAUUUACAACAUUCAUUCCUUUCUUGCCCAUGUCACCCAAGAUUUCCAACCAAUUGUGGUCCUUAACAAACCUUUCUUAAAAUGAACUGGAAAACAUGUAAAAGUCCAUCAGCCAUAAAUUAUUAACGAGUACAGCCACUUAGCAACUAAUUGCACCAUCUUGUGUAUGUGAAAAAGAAGAAAGAAAACUAGUUCCAGAACACACUGGUUGUUGGCUUCAUUUCUGAUGUUGAUGCGUAUAUUUAUUAUUAGCGGACCCCUAUAGUGUUCUAAUCAGAGUUUCUUAACAUUUCUCAACCAAUUGCCGCUAGUAACAAAUCAUUUUCAUAAUUUACGUGUAAUGUUAGCAA